AUGGUUGGAAAGGACAAGACAGAAAUGAUUCGGAUUUUGAAUAAACUUGAUAAGGAGUUCAAAAUAACAUUCAACACAGGUGAAGACGAUUCUCUUAUCUACGUUGGAAUGGAGAUAAAUUCAAGACCAGAUGGAAUUAGCGUACAUCAGUCAAAAUAUGUAGACAAAAUUUUGAAACGCUAUAACUAUACAGAUAUUAAUUCAGCAAGUACACCUAUUGAACGAGGUAUGGUCACAAACUCGGAAAACUUCCUAAAUGAUGAGCCGUUGAGUGAGUCAUACCCAUAUAGAGAAAUUGUCGGAAGUUUACUCUACCUUGCUACUGUGUCACGCCCUGAUAUAAGCUUCAGCGUGAAUUAUUUAAGCAGAUUUAAUCACAAACCUUUACUCAGUCACUGGAAGAUGGUGAAAAGAGUAUUACAAUAUAUCAAGGGCACUGCAAGGUAUGGCAUUCUAUUUGAUGGAAAUAAAAAGCUUAUUGCUUUCUGUGACUCAGACUAUGGUGGUGACGAAGUCAGCAGAAAAUCGACCAGUGGUGUUCUCUUGAUGCGAGGAGGUCCAGUCGUGUGGUUCACUCAAAAACAGCCUCUCGUCGCAAAUUCCACGGCCGAAGCCGAAUAUAGAGCCGCUGUCUCCGCUAUAGAUGACAUUUCGUGGAUUCGUCGCUUAGCUGGUGAAUUAAAACAAUUAAACUUGGAUAAACCAACGCCUUUAUUUAUUGACAAUCAAGCAGCGAUUCACAUGUUAGAAAAUGCCCACGAGGGCAAAGUAACUAAAGGAAAGAAACACAUAGAAAUAUCAAGGAAGUUCAUCCAACAACACAUCGGGACUACAGUUGAGCUGAAGGCAAUCAAGAGCGAAGAGCAGUUGGCGGACGUCUUAACCAAGCCUCUUACAAAAGGAGUAUUUGAAAGACUGAUUCGUAAAAUAAUUAAGGAGGAGUGA